CGACCUGAACUGCCUACACCGCGUCCACAAGAAUCUCUUCUAAUUCCUCCCUCCAUCAGCAACCUCACCCCAUAGACCCAUUGCACCCAGCAACUCACCAAUCCACCGCCCUCCUCUCCGCUCCCUUCGCUAAAUCUCCCAAUCCCCCGACGCAUCGCACGCGCUCGCGCACCCAAUCCCCAAUCUCCCAAACCCCUCUCCCAACCCGAAUCGAAAUCCAAGGCUCGAACCGGCCGCGGCGAUGGCGCUGGAGUGGGUGGUGCUGGGGUACGCGGCGGGCGCGGAGGCGAUCAUGCUGCUGCUGCUGACGAUGCCGGGCCUUGACGGGCUGCGCCGGGGCAUGAUCUCGGUGGUGCGGAACGCGCUGAAGCCGAUGAUGUCGGUGGUGCCCUUCUGCCUGUUCCUGCUCAUGGACAUCUACUGGAAGUACGAGAUGCGGCCCACCUGCAGCGACGAGCACGCCUGCACCCCCUCCGAGCACCUCCGCCACCAGAAGUCCAUCAUGAAGUCGCAGCGCAACGCGCUGCUCAUCGCCGCUGCGCUGUUCCUCUACUGGGUCCUCUUCUCCGUCACCCACCUCGUCGUCAGGCUCGAGCAGAUGCAGCAGCGCGUCGACAAGCUCAAGAAGCGCGACGACUGAUCCGGUCCCAGAAUCGUAUCCCAUGCGUCCCGUCCGGUGUCGUUCUUCUUCUCCUAAUCUGUUUAUGUUCCUAGAGGGCACUUGCUUUCAUGCCUGUGGUUGGUUCCCUUCUUAUGUAGCGCGGAUGUUUUAGAUCUUGAUCAGAACUUGAGAUAGGGCUCGUGGUAUCUGGCUAUUUGCUGCCUUUAUGACAUAAAAGCUGUUGGAAAUGUUAAUGUUUUAGAUUCGUUGGAUUA